GAGCCUUUCCCUUUGGAGCAGCCGCCGUCCCGCGUCUGUCGUGUGCUCCGAGCAGGGAAAGUUCAUCAGCUUGAUGAUGGAGGAGAACAAUGACUCCACCGAGAGCCCCCAACAAGGCCAAGGGCGGAACAAUGCCAUGAAGUGUGGGUGGCUGAGGAAGCAAGGAGGCUUUGUCAAGACUUGGCAUACUCGCUGGUUUGUGCUCAAGGGAGAUCAGCUCUAUUAUUUCAAAGAUGAAGAUGAAACGAAGCCCUUGGGUACCAUUUUUCUGCCUGGAAAUAAAGUCCUUGAGCAUCCCUGCAAUGAAGAGAGCCCAGGAAAAUUCCUUUUUGAAGUAGUUCCAGGAGGCGAUCGAGAUCGGAUGACAGCAAACCAUGAGAGCUACCUCCUUAUGGCGAGCACCCAGAAUGAUAUGGAAGACUGGGUUAAGUCCAUCCGCCGAGUCAUAUGGGGACCUUUUGGAGGAGGCAUUUUUGGACAGAAACUGGAAGACACUGUCCGUUAUGAGAAGAGAUAUGGGAACCGUCUGGCUCCAAUGCUGGUCGAGCAGUGUGUGGACUUUAUCCGACAAAGGGGGCUGAAAGAAGAGGGUCUCUUCCGGCUGCCAGGCCAGGCUAACCUCGUCAAGGAGCUCCAGGAUGCCUUUGACUGUGGAGAGAAGCCAUCAUUUGACAGCAACACGGACGUACACACAGUGGCGUCACUUCUUAAACUCUAUCUCCGAGAACUUCCAGAACCAGUCAUUCCUUAUGCAAAGUAUGAAGAUUUUUUGUCCUGUGCCAAACUGCUCAGCAAGGAAGAAGAAGCUGGUGUUAAGGAAUUAGCAAAGCAGGUGAAGAGUUUGCCAGUGGUCAAUUACAACCUCCUGAAGUAUAUUUGCAGGUUCUUGGAUGAAGUACAGUCCUAUUCUGGAGUUAACAAAAUGAGUGUGCAGAACUUGGCCACUGUCUUUGGCCCUAAUAUCCUGCGCCCUAAAGUGGAAGAUCCUUUGACCAUCAUGGAGGGCACUGUGGUGGUCCAGCAGUUGAUGUCAGUGAUGAUUGGCAAACAUGAUCGCCUCUUCCCCAAAGAUGCAGAACUGCAAAGCAAACCCCAAGAUGGAGUGAGCAACAACAACAAUGAAAUUCCGAAGAAAGCCACCAUGGGUCAGCUACAGAACAAGGAGAACAAUAAUACCAAGGACAGUCCUGGUAGGCGGUGCUCUUGGGACAAGUCCGAGUCUCCCCAGAGAAGCGGCAUGGAUAAUGGAUCCCCCACAGCUCUACCAGGUAGUAAAACCAACAGCCCAAGGAACAGCGUUCACAAGCUGGAUGUGUCUAGGAGCCCCCCUCUCAUGGUCAAAAAGAAUCCUGCCUUCAAUAAGGGCAGUGGGAUAGUCACCAAUGGGUCCUUCAGCAGCAGUAAUGCAGAAGGUCUGGAGAAAACCCAAACCACUCCCAAUGGGAGCUUACAGGCCAGAAGAACCUCUUCCCUGAAGGGGUCUGGUACCAAAAUGGGCACCCACAGUGUACAGAACGGAACGGUGCGAAUGGGCAUUUUGAACCCCGACGCUCUUGGGAGCCCCAUGAACGGUCGCAGCAUGAGCUGGCUGCCCAAUGGCUAUGUGACCCUGAGGGAUAACAAGCAGAAAGAGCAAGCCGGAGAGUCAGGCCAGCACAACAGGCUCUCCACCUAUGACAACGUCCAUCAACAGUUCUCCAUGAUGAACCUUGAUGACAAGCAGAGCGUCGACAGCGCCACCUGGUCCACUUCCUCCUGUGAAAUCUCCCUCCCCGAGAAUUCCAACUCCUGUCGCUCCUCCACCACCACCUGCCCAGAGCAAGACUUUUACGGGGCUAAUUUUGAGGACCCUGUUUUGGAUGGGCUCCCGCAGGACGACCUCUCCCACCCUGGGGACUAUGAAAACAAGAGUGACCGGAGGAGUGUGGGAGGUCGAAGUAGUCGUGCCACCAGCAGCAGCGACAACAGUGAGACAUUUGUGGGCAACAACACCAGCAACCACAGUGCACUGCACAGUUUAGUGUCCAGCCUGAAACAGGAGAUGACCAAACAGAAGAUAGAGUAUGAGUCCAGGAUAAAGAGCUUAGAACAGCGAAACUUGACUUUGGAAACAGAAAUGAUGAGCCUCCACGAUGAACUGGAUCAAGAAAGGAAAAAGUUCACAAUGAUAGAAAUCAAAAUGCGAAACGCCGAGCGAGCAAAAGAAGAUGCCGAGAAAAGAAAUGACAUGCUUCAGAAAGAAAUGGAGCAGUUUUUUUCCACGUUUGGGGAGCUGACAGUGGAACCCAGGAGAACCGAGAGAGGAAACACAAUAUGGAUCCAGUGAGCCUGCUUGCUCCCGCUGUCUCCGAUGGAUCUGGGAAGGGCUCUGGGGUUCUGGUGGGAACAUUAUCUGGGAUCAGGUGCUGGUCCCCUGCUGUACAGUGCUCUAACUGGUGAAGGAAUAUCAUUUACAGACAUUACCCAUCCAUAUCUGCAAUGUGUACCAAAGUUAUAUCAUGCCCCCUAAUGCUACUGUCAAGUGUUACAACUGGAUAUGUGUAUAGAGAGUAGUUUUUAAAAAGUAAACUAAAAAUGAGAAGCAUAUCUCAAGAAUUAUUUUAUUGCAAGUCUUGUAUUUAAAAUGUUAAAUCAAUACAUUGUUGCAAUUUAGCUUGCUUUCAAGCUUCACCCCUUGCACUUAACAUAAGCUAUUUUUGGCAUUGUGUUAUCAUCAGCUUAUUUUAUAGAUCGAUAUUUUUAUUUCCCCUUUUGCUGAGGAAAUGAAGAUAAGCAGAUAUAUAAAUAUAUAUA